CUGUGUCUCUGUGUGUGUCUGUCUGUGUGUCUCUGUGUGUGUGUCUGUGUGUGUGUCCAAGGCUAAACGCCGCGAGGGGGUGAGGGUGCUGGCUCGAGUUAGAGGAGGGGUUUCAUGAAGUGGUGGUUGAUGAGCUGCGAGAUGGAGGCCGCUUAAAGAGCGGCAGAGAAGUGGGGGUGGGGGGAAUUGCUCUGGUCUGGUUCGGAGUCUUAACCCCGUGCAGGUUGCUGUGCGGUGCUGUUGGCUACUGUCAACGCGUGCACGAUAGCAUACACAUGCACGUGACACGUUAACAGUGCGUUCAUCGUUUGGGUGGUUUGUCAGGUAAACUAGUUUGCAUGCGUGUUGAACUUCUUUCGCUCGUCGGAGGUGACGGGAGAGUUGACCGCGAACUAAACGCACGCAAAAAAGCAGUUCUGAACACACCCGUUCUCAGUCCGUAUUUAACAGUGCAUAGCUCCAGUGGCUUCCUAACAAUAGGAAGGAAGAGCGUUCCAAUACAGUUCGCCGCGGAAGGGCUUCUGAAAGCGCCGCGAUGCAGUGAAUACAAUUUGUUUGACGGCUUGCAGGCAGAAGCCGUGAGGAUGAGCGCGGAGUUGGUAUGAUGAUGAUGAUGGUUUAAGCCCCUUGACGAGAUCGGCGAAGCGUCGUGGUUCAUUCGCCGCAUGAGUGGGGGGCUCCCAAUGUAUUCGUUUCAGCAAACGGGAGCAUGCGUUGCAAUUGAAUCGUGUGGUUAGCGCACGUUUCGGUACGUGUUGAUUAGUGUUUGUGUGCGCUCGUGUCUGCCGGGUACACGUGUGUAACGCGUGUGGUGUCCGUGCAUGCGUUGUUUGCACGUGUCUUCAGUUGCGCAUAGUCUUUCUUGUGUGCACGUUCGCUUACCGUGUUUUGCGUUGGUGCAUAUCGGAUGUGUCGGUGCACUGCGAGAGAGAGAGAGGAGUGCGUGUUGUGGGAGGCGUGUGGAGCGCACACGUGUGUGUGCAUUUAACAACAAGUCUCUCACUCUCGUGUGUAUUAUACAAGACAGCAGGAGGAUAAUAUUGUACUAUAAUAUUUGCAUGGCUAUAUCGUUAUAUAAUUGCCUUUUUGUGCGUUAGUUUGUUGUCCUUCCCCCGCACCUCCGAUUAGCGCGGUUGGCUACGUACGGUGCGAAAGAAGUUCUACAUGCAUACGUAUACACAACUGUGUACUUUCACUGCGAUGCUACAAAUAAUAAUACAUGAGUAGAGGUGUCAAGCUCAUUAGCCUGAUAGGUCCGUGCAUACCCACACAGAAAGAGGAGGACAUUAUCCGAAACCCUGCCCGCCCCACGUGGCGACGUUUCGGGGCCGCAUCACGCAGCCAUGACCAGCCUCAAGUGUUACUCCAAGGUGUGGGAGGUGUUUGAGACUCCCAACAACAUCACCAAGCUGGCCCAGUGCAAGCUUUGCCAGAAUUUUCUCGCGUACCGCCAGAGCACCAGCAACCUGCGCAAACACAUCCGCUCCAAGCACCCGGCCGAGUUCGAGAAGCUCUACCCGCCCGACGAGGUCUCCUUCGCCAUCCAGCACCUGUCCACCAAGACGGACCCGAGCGACGGCGUGACCGAGGGCGUGCAGUACGUCUUCGAGACCAUUGACAUCCCGUCGGCCAGCAUCCUCACGGCCGCCACGCAGGCCGCGGUGCACGCCGAGGCCGGGACCGUGGUGGUGGAGUCGGCCGAGGCGAUCGAGGAAGAGGAGGAGGAGGCGUCCAAGUCGGGCAAGAAGAGGAAGAGGCGCCAGCAGCAGCAGAGUGCGGCGCAGACUUACGCCAAGCGACUGGCCUUCACAGGUCGGAUGGCGAGCCCUCUGGAGCAAGUGCGAGGCAUCAUUCCUCCGCUCUCUCCCUCAAAACACAAAGGCCAAGCCGGCCGCGUCGGAAUCGUGGGCGGCUCCCGGGACUAUGCUGGAGCACCGUAUUUUGCUGCCAUCUCUGCUUUGAAAGUGGGAGCCGACCUCUCCCAUGUGUUCUGCACGAAGGACACAGCGGUGGUUAUCAAGUCCUACAGCCCCGAGCUCAUCGUUCACCCAAUCCUGGACCACGAGAACAUUGGGCAGGAGAUGGACACAUGGUUGCCACGUCUUAACUCCCUGGUGGUUGGGCCAGGGCUCGGCCGUGACCCCGAGAUCCUGGAGAAUGUCAAGAUUAUUAUUGAGAAGGCAAAGAGCAAAGGAAUUCCUAUUGUCAUUGAUGCUGAUGGCCUGUGGCUGGUGACACAGAACCCUGCUCUCAUACAUGGACACCGGUUCAUCAUCCUCACCCCCAACGCCAUUGAGUUCAACCGGCUGCAGCAGACGACCCUGGGAGAGGGCACGGCUGUGCAAGGGAACAAAUACGCGGCGCUCACGCAGCUGUGCCUCGCCCUGGGAAACGUCACCAUCGUGCAGAAAGGGCAGGAAGACCUGGUGUCGGACGGGGAGACCGUGCUCGUGUGUGAGCACGAAGGCAGCUUCCGCAGGUGCGGUGGCCAGGGCGACCUCCUUUCUGGUGCCACGGGCAUCAUGGUUUACUGGGCCCUCGCCGCCAACCCCACCAUCUCCAACGGCGUGAACCCUACGCUGCUGGGGGCGUACGGAGCGUGCACUCUAACGCGGCAGUGCAACCGCCAAGCCUUCCUCAAGCACGGCCGCUCCACCACCACCGAGGACAUGAUUGCCGAGAUCGGGCCCGCCUUCCGCAUGCUCUACGGGGACUGAUUGCGCUCUCCAGCCUGACCUCCCACCCCAUACUGCUCACCCAAGCACAUGGGACAGCCCCGAUCAAACAGCAUAUUAAAUCUUCUUUGGUUCUUUCGGUAGUCACGUAGAAUGAGAAUAAAAUAAUAAAAUAAAACAAAAUUCUCACGUUUCGGCCACAACACAAGGCUACUUGUGUUGUGGCCAAAAAACGUCGUGAGAAUUUUAUUGUUUUAUUUUAUUCUCAUUCUACGUGACUUUACCGAAAGAACCAAAGAAGAUGAAUCCUUGCAGUCACGAAAGCUUUAAAUCGGAGGCAUAUUAAAUCUUUGCUUUUUUCUUACACCGAGUAUAGAAAAGCGCUAACCUGUGCUGUGUAAGGAUGACAUUUGGGGGUGAAAUGGUUUUGUUCAAAAUUUAAGUGCCACCCUUUCUAGGGAAAGUGUGAUGAUUUACAAGUUUUAUUUAAUGCGUAAUUGACAGUAAGACACAUUUUUUCCUCCUGCAAUAUAAACCAGAGCAUUAACUGCAGUGUUUCUCCAACCGAAUUGAUACUGUGCACAAAUCCCACAGGAUAUGGCCAUGCUUAAUUAUAACUGACAGCAGGAUUUAAAACAUUCAAAUGGAUGAAGCAAGCAGUGCUAAUGGUGAGGGGGAGGCACCCCUCCUGAGAAAAUGUUGCCUUCAGUCUCGUUCUGUUGAACGUGGCAGGGUGAACUUGAUCAUUAGUGGAAAAUUUAAAUAGCCUGCAUUACACAGCCGCUUUUGAGGAGAGGUGCAGUUUUUACAUAGAAGUAAACAGCAAUUUGGUUUGGCAAAUUAUCUUAAGGUUUUGCCACACCUUCAUCAACACUCUUAUGAUGUGCAAGAUGUAUUUGGGUGUGGUGAUUAAAUACACAAUGAUAGCUACGUGUUUAUAAUAUGCCAAACAAUGGGUACUAUUCAGGCUGUCCUAUAUCACUCAGAUUUAAAAGUUGUACAAAACUGAAAAUAAAUGUUUUGAAAAUCUAA